AAUCCUCCAUUUCCUCCUCCACCACCCGGUCCGCCCGGGGGAGGAAUGAUGAUGGGUGGAGGCGGUGGACCGAACGCAUGUGUUUGUAUACCAGCUGGACAUGGAGGAGGGCCUGGAAUGGGAGGUCCUCCACCACCUGGAAUGAUGGGAGGGGGUCCAGGAAUGAUGCCUCCACAACCCUGUGCAUGUACUGCAGCAGCUGCGAAACAAAAGACUGAAAGAAAGGUGAAAAAACAAAGACGGAGUGCUUUUCAAUGGUUGAGGCCAGAAGAUUCCAGUACUGAUGAAAAUUUAUAA